AUGGUUCGCUACUCACUAGACUCAGAAAACCCUACAAAAUCGUGCAAAGGUUCAAAUCUUCGUGUUUGCUUUGAGGACACGUGUGAAAGUGCCCAGGCCAUCGAGGGUGUGCAUAUCCAAAAGGCCACCAAGCUUCUGAAAGGUGGCACUUUGCAGAAGCAGCGUGUGCGAUUGCGUCGCUACAAUGGUGGAGUUGGUGGGUGUGCGCAGGUCCAGCAGCGGGGCUGGACACGGGGUCGGUGGCCCAAGAAGAGGGCUGAGUUUUUACUGCACGUGCUUAAAGACGCAAAGAGUAAUGCUGAACUUUUAGGUGUAGAUUCUCUGGUCAUUGAGCACAUCCAGGUGAACCAAGCCCCCGAGAUGCGACACAGAACUUACAGGGCUCACGGCCGGAUUAACCCAUACAUGAGCCCUCCCUGCCACAUCGAGAUGAUUCUUACUGAAAAAGAGCAGAUUGUUCCUGAACCAGAAGAGGAGGUUGCACAGAAGAAACUGAAGAAACAAAAACUUAUGGCCCGGGAGUAA